GUGGAGAAGGCAGCAGGAUGGUAUCCCAGGGGAUUCAGAUGAUUGGCAUCUGCAUGUCUGUUAUUGGGUGGCUGAUGGUGGUGGUGGUGUGUGCUCUGCCCAUGUGGAAGGUAACUGCUUUCAUCGGGGCCAACAUCAUUACGGCUCAGACCAUCUGGCAGGGCAUGUGGAUGAACUGUGUGGUGCAGAGCACAGGGCAGAUGCAGUGUAAGGUUUAUGACUCCAUGCUGGCACUGCCCCAGGACCUGCAGGCUGCUCGAGCUAUGGUCAUCAUCUCCAUCCUGGCCGGGAUAGUGGGAGUCAUUCUGGGCAUUGCAGGUGCCAAAUGCACCAACUGCAUUGAAGAGGAGCGAGCCAAGGCCAAGACAUGCAUCCUGUCUGGAGUCCUGUUUAUUGUAUCAGGGCUACUCUGUCUCAUCCCUGUAUCCUGGACUGCCAACACCAUUGUCCAUAACUUCUACAAUCCCAUGCUGCUGGAGACCCAGAGGUAUGAGCUUGGAGCCUCCCUGUACAUCGGCUGGGCUGCUGCUGCCCUACUGCUCAUGGGAGGAGGACUCAUGUGCUGGAACUGCCCUCCCAAAGAACAAUACCCCAACUAUGGCCCUAAAUUCACUCCUGUCAAGUCAGCCUCCUCACAAAGGGAAUAUGUGUUGCAACACUCACAAACAACAAGUAACUCCCCAGCUGGGUGUUAUUUUGGCUCUGAGCUCUCCAGCCAGACACACAGAGCCAAGAUGGGGAGAGUAGGGAAGGAGGUAGCAGGCCAAGUCCUCAGCUUCAUUGGCCUGGUCGGGGUGUCUGUAACCUGUGGGGUGCCCAUGUGGAGGGUGACUUCUUACAUCGGGGCCAACAUUGUGACGGGGCAAAUCGUGUGGGAUGGCCUGUGGAUGAACUGUGUGAUGCAGAGUACUGGACAGAUGCAGUGCAAGCUCAACGAAUCCCUGAUGAAAAUGAGCAGAGACCUUCAAGCAGCACGAGCUCUCAUAAUCAUCUCCUUGGUGGUUGGAUUCAUUGGAUUCAUGAUUUCAUUCCUCGGUGCCAAAUGUACGAGCUGUUUGAAGAAGGAAGCGUCCAUGGCUAACGUUGUCAUUAUAUCAGGUUGCCUCAUAAUCUUAGCUGCUGUUUUGGAUUUGAUCCCUGUGUGCUGGUCAGCUGCCUAUACCAUCACGGACUAUCAAAAUCCUCUGACCAUAGAAACACAGAAGAGGGAGAUUGGAGCAUCUAUUUACAUUGGCUGGGCUUCUGCAGCUUUUCUUCUUAUUGGGGGAAUCAUCCUCACAACUUCAUGUCCUCCUCAAAGGUCAUUCUAUGGUUACCCGGGUUACCCACCACAACCUGGAGUAUACCCAUACACAGCGCCACCAAACCAGGGAGGGUACAGGCCAGUCUACACUCCAGUGAGCCAGCCAUACAGUGGAUCUUAUGUGCCCAGUAAGCCCUAUGCAGCACCCUCAGCUUACUCUGGUGGACAGUACAUCUAAAAAUGAACUAUGAAAGACUUUUAAGGGACUUUUUGUGUACAUGACCGGCAUGGUCAGAGGCUGUAUUACUGUGAAAAAGACCAUCUUUUGUAAUCAUUUUUUUUUCUAGAAGAAAAGAAGGAAAAUGUUAAAAACCUCUCUUUUUGUGUAACCAAGAAUAUUUUGUAGCCAGAAUAAAUCAGAUAUUUGCACUGUAAAUAGGGAAAGUAUAACAGAAACAGAAAUACCUAAAAUAGUAAUUUCUCCUUCUGGAAAUUCCCUGUUCAGUAAUUACUUAAUAGCACUGCAGUACUCAUGUAAUUAAAUUAAAGUUUUUACUAUAAAAUCCAAAGUUGUAUAUAAUCUCUGUAUUGCGCAUCUUUUGUAUAUACUGAUGAUUUUUUUAGUUUAUCAUUUUACAUGCUGUACAAAAACAUGUAAUAAAAUGUAUUAUAUUGUA